CCCGCGUGAAAGCGGUGUUCGAGGCUGGCCGCUACUUUUGCACGCUGCGCGAGCGACGCGACUUGAGAGAAGCACGUCGCACACAAGCAACCUGGGUUCUCAAUACGUGCAUAACACGGGCAGACGGCGGCGCUGCCGUGCUGCUGCCGGGGCGCGGGGGCGCCAUGCGGCGGUGGCGGCCGCACUCGUGGUGGGCGCUCCUGUUGACAGCCUGCUGCUGCCUGCACCUGGCCGACCCACAGAUACACCUAUACGUGCCCGCACACCUUCCGGAGGAGUCCGGCUACUCGAGUCGCCAGGGCCAGUGCUCGUACGGCCGCGACGACCGGUGCACGUUCGUCCUGCUCUGCCUGCUGUCGGGCGGCACGGCAGCCGGCCGCUGCGGCAACAGCCUGCUGUACACGUGCUGCGUGCGGCCCCCGCGGACGCGAUCCUCGCUGCCGGCCGACCACGCGUCGGUGCAGGCGCUCCAAGCACGGAGUCCGGCCGUCGCGCGCACGGCCACGCAGCGGAAGUACUACAACGUGGACGACGAAGACGUGUGCGGUAGAUCAACGAACAAGCCGCAGAGGAGAAUCAUAGGUGGUGAAGACGCUCAGUACGGAGAGUUUCCAUGGCAGGCCCAUAUCAAGAUCUCCCGUCAGCAGUGUGGUGGAGCCCUGGUCAACCAUUACUACGUUGUUACAGCAGCGCACUGCGUACAUCACACGCCCCUGCGGCGAAUCUCGGUGAUCCUGGGCGCGUACGACAUCCAGGACCAGCGCUACCAGCUGUCGCGGGCGCAGGCGUACAGCGUGCUCGAGAAGAAGAUCCACCCGAACUUCGCCUUCUCGGCGUCGCAGCCGGACCGCUUCGACGUGGCGCUGCUCAGGCUGGACCGGCACGUGCGCUACCAGGAGAACAUCCUGCCCAUCUGCCUGCCACCCCGCGGGUGGACCUUCGAGGGGUGGCGAGCCACGGUCACCGGUUGGGGAAAGACCGACUCCACGCUCAGUAACCGCUACGGCACGCGGGUUCUGCAGAAGGUGGAGGUGCCCAUCAUAACUCGCAGCGAGUGCGAGCACUGGCACCACAUCCGCGGCAUCCGCAUCAGGAUCCACCAGGAGAUGAUGUGCGCAGGCUACAAGGAAGGGCGCAGGGACGCCUGCGUGGGUGAUUCUGGCGGACCGAUGAUGCUGAACUUGAACGGUCGGUGGACACUCGUCGGAAUUACAUCAGCAGGAUUUGGAUGCGCGCAAUCGUUCCAGCCGGGCAUCUACCACCAAGUGUCCAUGUCCGUCGACUGGGUCAUCGCGAAUAUGCAGUGACCGAUGGCGUCGUAAUCAAUAGACAUUGCUCUCACCUUCAGUGCACACUAUCUGUCUGCUGGAACGGGAAUGCGGGCGUGAAAGAAGAAAAGAAAACGCCGGUGAAAUGAAAAGAGAAGCACUGACAGUGAAACAGCAAGGCGCCGUGCAUUUUUUCACGGCGCAUUUGUGUGGCAGGAACUGCGUGCUAUACCAACUACUCGCGAGUGUUAACGCGUGUGGUUAAUGGCACGCUCGAUCGCGCCUCGACUACAACGGACAGCAACGGCGACGACGAACGUCGAGGGGACAGUGCUCGUUGCGAUGCGUGUAUAGUACGAGGUGCUCAGUGGCGAAAGUGCGUGUUGCUUGAACGGAAAAGAACGACGUCGCCACCUGUUGUCGAAUCAACGUUGUCGCUUCGAAGGACGAUGUGCCAAUCGUGCUCUUCCUCGGAAAAGGGACCAAAGCGCGGCUUGCGCCGAAUUCCUCGCGUAUUAUAUAGCGCUCAUGCCACGGUUGUACGGGCCGUGCACUGACGUGUUGUUACUCAUUAAAUGUUAGGUAUUUCCAGCAAUGCUGCCUGCAAGA